CUAUAUUACACAGAAAUAUAUUUUCGGUUGUUUAGCGUAAACAUUCAGUAUACAUGGAUAUUUAUACGAUGCCAGUCAAUCUACAGACAUAUUAGUUGAUAACUAGGCGUGAAAUUUCCCCAUUUCGACCUUGUAUUGUGCAAGGAUCAAAAGUCGCUCAUCACCGUACAGAAAAAAUGGCAGCCAAAGAGAAACAUAAACAAAGUGAAAGCAUGGUAUAUGCAAUUAUCAACAAUAUACCUCCGGAUUACCAUUCCAAAGACAUCAGGAACUAUUUUUCACAGUUUAUUGAAACCCGUGGUUUUGAUUGUUUUCAUUUUCGUCAUAGGCCAGAAACACAAACGAUGAAAAUUCCGGAACAAGAGACUGAAGUGAAACAGUCGCCAUGUACCAGGGAUCCAGUAAGGAAGGGAACAACUUGUUGUGUUGUCCGGCUCAAAGCUGACAAGUUGUUGACACUUAUCAAAAUGUAUCACAGAAAACAUUGGCUGGACAGGAAUGGCGAUUCUAUCCCAAGUUAUUGCCAUAUAACUAAAAUUAAACUGACUGAAGACGGUGACCAACCGAGUGAAAAAAUUUACAAAACUAGAUCAGAAAUUAAACUAACUCCAUCUGACAGCAGAGACUUCACAUCAUCUGAUCUCCUGAGCUUGCCAGAGUUGCAUCCACCAGACAUCAUGCCAAAUGGAAAUGUUGGUACACCCACAAAGGACUUUCUCGAUUUUAUCAAAGAGUGUCCUCCACCGUCAGUGAUAAAGAAACUGGGGUUGUCCUUCCCCAAAACUCGCACCAACCGGAAAUAUGGUAGUGUUCCUUACGAGUAUACUGGCCCUAGGUCUUAUCGUAGUCAUGGUAACUCUGUAGAUGAGGAGGAAGCUGAUUGGACAGUUUACACGGGAGAGGGUCAUGAACUUGUCAGUGUUGAUGGGUCCUUAGGGAACGUGGAGGGGUCCACUUUGAUUCAGGAUGAGGAACAGAGGAAGGAUGGAGAAAAGGAGUUGUCAAGAAAGGAGAAGAAAGCAAGGAAGAAACUAGAGAGGAAGAAGACAAAGGAGCUGAUGGAUGAAAAGAUAGAGGAAAAAAUGAUGAUGCAGCAAGAUGAUUCAAAUGAGGACAAUGAUUCCUGCGAGGAAUGGGAGAGACACGAAGCCGUCGCUGACGACCCUGACAACCAGGAGAGACUGAAAGAGAGGCUGUUUGAGGAGGAGAUUGAACUUAAGUGGGAGAAGGGUGGCAGUGGGCUGGUGUUCUACACGGACGCCCAGUACUGGCAGGAGAAGGAGGGAGACUUUGACGAGCAGACGGCAGAUGACCUGAAUGUCGACAUGAGUGGUUAUUACGAGGAUGGGGCUGGGGACCUGGACGCCAGGGACUACAUCACCCUCCGUCAGGAUCAGCGGCGCCGCCAGGGCCUGGAAGAAACAGACCGGUUCUCUGUGGGCAUCGGGAAGUUUGAAAAACAUACGAAAGGCAUUGGACGGAAGGUGCUGGAACGUCAGGGUUGGCAGGAAGGACAGGGGCUGGGGAACACCAUCACUGGAAUAUCCGACGCCCUGGACAACGAUGGACAACACCCUCGGGACAAGAAGGGAUUUGGGUACCAUGGCGAGAAACUCAUCCGAUUCGGAGCUCAAAACACAAAGAGACAGUUCAUUCGGACGGAGACCUUGAUCACAACAAAGUAUGAUGAUCCAGAUGUUGUUGAUCCCCCAGAGAAGUUAUUGCGGAGGAACGACCACUAUGGACUGAAACACCGAACGGAGAACACCGAUUCUUGAUGACUUUGAUGAAGAUAGCAUUCUGUGAAAUAUUACUUGUUACACUGGUCAUACAGAUUUUUAUUUUAAUAAUAAAUUUUGUAUUUUGCUGUU